AUGAAAUAAUUUCCAAUAUAAUAAGCAAGAAAUCUUGUGAAUGAGUUCUUUGACUUUGUUGCUAAAGCAGUAAGUCCAUUUCACGUCACAUCUCUAUGUAAAGAGAGAUUGGCCAAGUCAGGAUUCACCGAAUUGAAUGAGACAGAAAAUUGGAAAUUGGAAAAGGGUGGUAAGUAUUUCUUCACAAGAAAUCUCACAACUCUUGUUGCUUUCACUGUUGGCUAAAAGUUUGACCCAAAUAAUACAGGAUUUAAAAUCAUAGGUGCUCACACAGACAGUCCAUGUUUACGAUUAGCACCAGUCUCUAAACUAGAUUCUAAUGGAUUCUUAUAAACAUGUGUUUCUACUUACGGUGGCGGUUUGUGGCAUACUUGGUUUGACAGAGAAUUGACAUUGGGAGGUCGAAUUGUUUUUAAAAAAGAUAAUGUUUAUUAGAGUUAGUUAUUCCAUUAUCAAAAACCACUAUUAAAGAUCCCUAAUCUGGCUAUUCAUCUAACAACUGAUAGAAAUAGCUUUGCUCCAAACAAUGAAUCAAAUUUAAGACCUGUGUUUGCCUAAGAAGCCUAUCAGACAUUGACUGGAAUUGAAAAACCCAGCAGUGAAGGAUAAACUAGUUUUGAAAAUAAGCACUAUAAAUAUUUGCUUAAUUUAAUUACAGAAUAGACUGGCAUCCCAACAGCCGAUAUUUUAGAUAUUGAUUUAUACUUCUCAGAUUGCCAACCACCUUCAUAUUUUGGCUUAAAUCAAGAGUUCAUUUCUGCUGCCAGAAUUGAUAACUUAUUUUCAAGUUUCUUCUCACUUUUAGCCAUUACAAAUCCAGAAAGCUUCACAGAGGACUAAGCAUUCAUUAACAUGGUCUGUCUUUAUGAUCACGAAGAAGUUGGUUCAUAAAGUGCCCAAGGAGCUGAUUCUUCAUUACUAUCCAAUAACAUGAAGAGGAUUUAUGAUAUCCUAUCCAAUUCUAAUUAGGCCUCAACUGAUAGUUUUUACAAGGCUAUUCAAAAGAGUUUCUUGAUUUCUUCGGAUAUGGCUCAUUCAAUUCAUCCAAAUUAUUCAGACAAGCACCAACAAAAUCAUAGAGUCAAGAUGAAUGAAGGCAUUGUUAUUAAAGUUAAUCAUAAUCAAAGAUAUGCUACUGACGGUGUUUCAUCAGCAAUUCUAAGAGUGAUUGCUUAAUAGGCUGAUGUCCCAAUCUAAGACUUUAUUGUUAGAAAUGAUUCCCCUUGUGGUUCAACAAUAGGCCCUUUAUAAGCUUCGAAUACAGGCAUCAAAACUAUUGAUAUUGGAGCAGCCUAGUGGGGCAUGCAUUCCAUUAGAGAAACUGCCGGAGUAGUUGAUGGUUAUUAUUUGGAAAAACUAUUUGUUGAAUUUUUCAAACAAUACGAAAAAAUAGAUCAUAAGUUGCUUGGAAUUUGAGUAUUAUGAUUAUUGCAAUAAUAAGAAUUCCAUAUACAUACACCUAA